AGUUUUCUGACAGUUGUAUUUUUGAAUUAAGUCAUUUUUGUAUUCUUCAAAAGAAAAGAAAAGAAAAAUGUUUCGAAUACAAAAGAUUCUUUUAGCUAAUUUUCAAGAGAUUUAUGAACCUGUUUUGGUGGAAAAUCCAUUUGCUGAGGUGACAGAAGAUGGUAUUGGAAUUAGACAAGUUCAAUUGGGAUUGACGCCAACAAAGAUUUUAGUUGGUGCUGAUGUUUUCGAGAAUGGAUCAACUUGUUGUAGUUGUAGUUUGACAUAUUUGUCAAUUGUCGAAAAAGAUCCAGAAAUUGAAUGCUUUGAACUAGUGAGUGUUCUUCCGUUAGAAAUAUUGAAUGUUACAUUUUUCAAGAAAAAUAUGCGUAUGAUUAUGAAUGUGAGGAUUUCGGAGGCAAAAAAUAUGUUCUUUGAAUUUGGAGGUCAUCUGUCUCAAAAUCUUUUUUGGAAUACGUGGCGCGAGCGUAUUGCGACAUUGAAACAAAUCGGUCCAAAUCUAUUCAACCUCACAGGAUCUUCACCAUUUUCAAGUACCGAUGUUAUUCCAGAUGAAGAAGAAGUAACAGCUUCUAUUCACUCAAAGCGCUGGAGUAAUUCACUAUCAGCUCAAAAAUCUGCUACUAAUCUUCCUCUCAAAGACGUAACCAGCUAUUACAAACAAUUAUCAUCAAAAUACACUGACAUAAUUGAGAAAACUUCAAGCAUCAGUUUAUCUGAUUCUGAAUAUCGCCACCAGAUGGAGGUUCAAAACUAUUAUCAAUCUUUAUCUAUCAAAAACAGCUUUUCAUGUGGAUGUAAUACAUCGUGGUCCAAACUAAGUUAUAAAGAAGCCCUAAAGCAGCAAACACAAGAUGAAGUGCUAUUUAGAAGUAUGCAACCCUAAGGCAAUUAAGAAUUUGCCUUAAAAAAAAAACAAUCCGCCCAUGUUCACUCUAAGAAUUGUUAAUUGUUUGUCAUUAUUCAUUUUCACCUACAAUAAAA